AGUAGUUUGUUAUCAGUUGUAGACAUGUUCCGCAAUCGGUUCGUUACUUUUUAUCGUUUUACUGGGUUUUAUUGGUAUAUUGUGUUUAUUACGUCAAGCGAAAACCCAUGUAUGACAGAUGAGGAGUGGUGGUGGGGGGAUGCAGAACCUAAACUGACAACCUGGGAUAAGAGAAGAACUUGGAAAAGUUGUAUAUUUGCGGUCUACCCGCAAAAGUGGGUGGGGAUAUCCUCUUGGUGUAUACUUGGUUGCCUAUCAUGCGUAUCCUCAAAACACAUAUUGCAGAAAACCAACAAAUAUAAAACUUUUGUUAAAUCUACGUUAUCUAUCUAAAUGGCGAGAUUAACUGAUAUGAAGUUUUAUUUAAUUAAUUCAGAGCACAAAUUAGAUUCGAGGGGAAACAAGUUGUUUUACGUACAGUUCUUUUAUCAAUUCCCAAAACUGUAACUUUUCCAUGCUUUGCAAACAAAUUGAGACAUUGAUUAGAUAGCUUUCAAUUAAAUCUCGAUAUAACAUUAAUCGGAAAUUCAAUAAUUUACUGAGAUUUUACUUCACUGUAUGAUAAUACUUUGCAAUUGAUUACCAUGCAGUUGGAAUCACGCACAACUCUAUACCUGCUCUUGUUUGGCUUAGUAUUCCUAGUGAUAACACUGGUAAACAUCCAAUCGGACAUCAUCAGUCAGUUCAAACAAUACCUGCAAGUACCAAACACCAUAAACAAUCAAAAUCGUGGCCUAAACUGUGAACACAAUCAACAAAAAUUUCAUGUUGGGCAACAUGGUGAAUACAUCGUGCUUUAUAAUUAUGUAAAAGCAUCAAAGAGUUUUGGUACCCAUGAAAGUGUCACCUUUACCGCGCCAGCUGAUUACACCUUCCUGGAUAAUUUACCUACGUUGAUGCAAAGAUGGCAAGGACCGGUUAGUAUCGCAUUAUAUGCGCCAGGUGAUGAUUUCGAAGUUACAUUAAAAAGUAUCGCGUAUCUACGACAUUGUGCACCGAAUUCAAUCGAUAAUAUUCGGGACCUGGUUACAUUUCAUGUGUUUUUCCAUCAGCAACAUGUUCCUUAUCAGAUGAAUAAUCGUUCAUUUAUUGAUGCGUAUAUAGAUACGUACACUUGUGAUGGUCCCGCACCGUAUCAAAAUGUCCACCCGGAAGACACCUAUCGCCGGAAACAUGAACUUUUAUUCCCGAUUAAUGUUGCACGAAAUGUCGCUCGACAAAGUGCACAAACGCAUUAUGUUUUUGCUGCUGAUAUAGAACUUUAUCCCAGUGUAAAUUUUAUACCAAAAUUUAUGAAUAUGUUAAGCGUGGAUCCAGAAAAACAAGAAAAAACACGUCCUUAUGUUUAUGUUCUACCUAUAUUUGAAAUAGGUGAAACUGUAAAGGUCCCAGAAAACAAAACUGAACUGCAGGGACUUUUAAAGAAAGGCGAUGCGCAAUUAUUUCAUGAAAACUUGUGUUCAUCGUGUCACGCCAUUCCUCAUCUCUCAAAAUGGGAAUUAGAAAUGGAAACUGAUGAUUUGAAUGUGUUUAUUGUCGCCAAACGAGUGGGACAACAAAAUACCUGGGAGCCAUUUUAUGUGGGCACUAAAGAUGAUCCACUCUUUGAUGAAUGGUACACUUGGGAAGGUGAAGGAGACAAAAUGUCACAAGGUUUUGCAAUGUGCUUGUUGGAUUAUGAUUACUUGGUUCUUAAUAAUGCGUUUAUAGUUCAUAAACCUGGAAUUAAAACUCACGUGGAGCAAAAAGAAUCGUUUAAUAAUGAAGUGGAAAAAACAAAUGCGUGGAAAGAAAAAAUAACAAAACCGACCUUAAUAAGUAUUUACGGAGACAGAGAAGGGUGUUACCUCUAAAAAAUAUUAGAUUUUGUUAAUCUACUAAUAAAUUAUGAACAUAUUGCA